AUGGCUUCUGUGGACUACAGUUCAAGUACUUCUGAUAGUGAGAGUGAUACUACUGAAGACAGUGAAACCACAGAUACUUUCUCAUCUUUUGAUGAAUCAGAAGAAGAUGAUAUAAAAAACUAUAGUGCCAUUUCAGAUGAAAAGACUCACAGAGAAUUGUCAUAUGCAUUUGAAACUGACAAAGAAAAUCUCAAGGAAAAGGGUCCUGGUGGCCAGAAAUUACAAACCAAAGGAUUAACAGAAUGUAAGGAAUUUCUGAGGAAAUUGUCCAUCUUUAUUUGGAAAAGUCUCACAAAAUCUCAGAAGGUCAGCUUACUUAAGGAUUUUGUUGAGUCUGAAUUUUUUUUGAUUGAUGGAGAUUCAUUAUUUAUCACUUGCAUAUGGAAUAGGACAUUAAAGAAAGGACAAAAUCUUCACUUCUUCUAUCUGGUGGAACAGUUUCUGCAUAAUUUCAACCAAAAGGAAGCCAGAUAUGUAAUUUUUUUCUUUAAGGAUGCAGAAAAUAUCUAUUUUAAUUAUCCUGAACUACUCAGCCUCCGCACUGCAUUGAUAAAGCAUCUAGAGCACAACACGCAAGUUCCCAUUCAUACUGAAUUUUCCAGUUGCUUGUCUCCAGAAUGGGAAAUUUUUCUUAAAGAAAGUUACCCAUACUUCCUAAUUGUCUCAGAUGAAGGAAUAAUAGCUCAUCAAACUGACUAUUUAAACAUAAUAAUAAUUCAUGCUCUUCAGAAGAAAAUCAACGUGGUCCUUGCUUCAGGACAAGAAACAAAUGUCCUCCGAGUUUUUGGCUACCAAGCCCAGAGUUUAUACACUCACAGGGAAUUUUUUGACAAGCACAAAGAAGAAUUACAUCAAGCUCAUAAGGCCAUCAUUAAGAGUUUUCAAGUGUCUCAGGCUACAGAGCUGCUUUUGUACAAAUAUUUGAAGCUGAACUUGGGAAACAUGAAAAAAGAGGUAUAUCAGACAAUGUCUGUACUUAGGAAUAUGUGGCCAGAAGGAGCUGAUAUCAGAAGUACCAUCUGUUCUCUUUCAUGUUCAGUGGUGUUAAAAACCUACAAAAACAUGCUAGAUGGUGUAGAAACCAGUGGGAAUUCAAGGGAAGCUGCGGAAGGGAGCACACACACACAAGGCUAUGCUGAAGCCUUAACAAUGCAAGAAGCAGCUGACCUUUGCAGGAUGCUCUGUUUGAGUGUGGCUUUCCUCCAGCUUUUGCCUCUUUCUCAACGAGCCAAGAGUAGAAUCAUCCAUUGCCAUUGGGAAAAGAAACUUUCACCAUUUUUAAGAAUGAUGAAAAGAUGUGAAUUUUUCAUUUUAAAAGAAAUAAAGGCUACAAAUGAGUGGAAAGUGGAUUUCACCUUCCUGCCUGACUUGACGGAUAAUCUAUUGUGGAAAAAUAUUGCAUACUACUAUGAAGUAGAAAACUGCACAGGAUUAAAUCUUGAAAUGGGUGAGAAAAUCAUGCAAGAAUAUGAGACAAUGUGGAAUACAGUAUUAAGCCUGUCAGAAGGUUAUGAUUUUGGAGGAUCUAUUCCUGUGAGAAGAACUUCUCAACAUUUUCUCAUGCAGAAACAAACAUCUUCUACAGCGUACAAACAUGAGAUUCCUAAAUUGGGGCUUAUCCCACUGAAAUCUCAAUUUGUAGAAGAUUAUGCUGGAGACAUUUUGGGAGACUUACCUUUUCUAAGCAGUGAUGAUCCAGCUAUUACCUCUCUUAGCAAGAAGAAAGAAUUUGAUGAAAGAACACACUGGCAUUCUAACAGACCUCUCAAUGAUGAUUACCAAAAAACCAGGUUCAACACUAAUGCUAAAUCCAGAAACCUCAAAGAACAAAGGGACAUACAGAAACUAUAUGCCUUUUAUCAACAUUUUGGAGAAUCUUUAAAUGGAAGACAUAGUUCAAUGAGGAUUGUAAACCAAGUGACCCCACCACUUCCAACAAAGACUUCUCAUCAAAAGAAAAUAAAAUCCAAGAAGAGUAAUGCAGAUAAAAUCAUUGAAGAAAACAUAAAGAGAAAGCAAGCAGAAAUAGAAAAAAAAGAACAGGAUAGAUGGAAUGUCAUCUCUGUGUCUAUUGAAAAUGAAAUGAAAGAAAAUGUCAAUAAUGGAAUAAAAAUCCUAGAGGAUUUUCUUAGGACUUGUGCAAGUAAUUCUGUAAAAUUCCUGGCUGAAAUGGUAGGAAUGGAAGGCUGUUUUAUGUCAUGGAAAGAGCAUUGCCUAAAUCUACAAGAGAAACCCAAGGAUAUGAGCAUUGCUGUUCAGCUGAUGAAAAGAAUCCACAUAAUCCUUGAAAAAUAUCCACAACUCAUAGGGAAGACACACAGGGAAAAAUUAGCUAAAUGCCUAAAAUACCUUGGAUUUGACAACUUGGCAGACCCCUUGUGUUCCCAGGUGAAACCUUUGGAUACUAAGGACAUUUCCAAGUAUUCAGUUCAGAUGGGAGCAGCUCGGUUUCAACUAAGCUAUAUGGGCCAUUAUUUAUUCCGAGAAGAAAGAAGUGAUCCAGAUCCCAGAGUGCAUCAUUUUAUACCAGACACAUGGCAGAGGGAGCUUCUCGAUGUUGUAGAUAAUAAUGAGUCAGCUGUGAUCGUUGCUCCAACUUCAUCAGGCAAAACGUACGUCUCCUAUUAUUGCAUGGAGAAAAUCUUGAAAACCAGUGAAGACGGAGUAGUUGUGUAUGUUUCACCUACGAAGGCUCUUGUAAAUCAAGUGGUGGGGACUGUCUACAGUAUAUUCAACAAAACAAGGCCUAAAGGAGGUGCAAUGUGUGGUGUUUUCACACGGGAUUACCAUCACGAUGUCAUGAAUUCUCAGAUACUUGUGACUGUACCUCAGUGUUUAGAAAUCCUUUUGUUAUCUCCUCAUUGCCAAAAGUGGGUCAAAAGAAUUAAAUAUGUCAUAUUUGAUGAGGUUCAUUGUCUUGGGGGAGAAAUUGGAGGAGAAGUUUGGGAACACAUCCUUGUUAUGAUCCGAUGUCCCUUUUUGGCCCUUUCUGCCACCAUCAGUAACCCUGAAUAUCUCACAGAGUGGUUAGCAUCAGUCAAAAGAUACUGGCAGAAUUUUGAAAGCACAACAGAAAACUCUACCUCUUCAAAAAAUACCUUGAAGGGUUCAAAGAAACAAAACUUUUCAAAGAGUGAGCAGCCAUCGUACAGAGUUAGACUAGUACUGUAUAAGGAGAGAUACAAUGACCUAGAAAAGUAUGUAUGUUCCCUUGAGGAUGAUGACUUUGUCAUUGGCCAUUAUCACCCAUGUGCUGCACUAACAGUUAAUCAUAUAGAGAAAUAUGGAAUCCCUUCAGACCUAGGGUUUUCUCCCAGAGAAAGCAUACAGCUUUAUGAUGCGAUGGUACGAAUUUGGCCAGAAUGGCCUAGAUUGCAGGAUUUUGAACCUGAAGAAUUCAUCUAUUUCAAAGACAAAGUGGUAAUCACAAAGACAGAUGCAAAAAAAUAUGAAGAACAACUGAAGGAGGAAAUAAUAAACUGGACUCAUGGAGACAGAGACAAGGUGAAUCAGUUAUUAAACUAUCUUAAGCCUCAAACUUUUGACAGUGAAGAAAGAAGAAAGCGGGACAAGUUUGCAGACUUUGUUGAGAAGCUAAAAGAAAUGGAUCAACUGCCUGCAAUAUUUUUUUCUUUUAGAAAAAAGAAUUCAAUGAUUAAAGCUGAGAAAAUUAUUCUCUGUUUGGCUGAAAUAGCAGAAAUAAAGAGAAAAAUUAGGAAGCUUAAUGAAGUUCCUGCUGAAUAUUCUUAUGUGAAUCCCAAUGCAGUGGAUAAUCAUACUUUAUGGAAGAUAUUCCAUAGAAUAAGAUAUGCAAGAAAUAGAGGUAAACUGAGAGCACUGUCCCUUCGGGGUAUUGGAUUUCAUCAUGGUUCAAUGGAAUAUAAAGAAAGACAAGCUGUUGAGAUGCUUUUCAGGCUGGGACAUAUCAAGGUGGUAACAGCUACUGGAUCACUUGCCCUAGGAAUAAACAUGCCUUGCAAAUCUGUUGUCUUCAUAGAAGAUUCUGUCUUUCUAGAUGCCUUGAAUUUUAGACAGAUGUCUGGCCGCGCUGGAAGACGUGGGGAAGACCUUAUAGGAAGUGUUUUCUUCUAUAACAUUCCAACACCUAAAGUUCAGAGGCUUUUAAAAUCCAAUGUUCCACAAUUAAGAGGCCAGUUCCCUCUGCACAUUUCUCUGAUCUUAAGGCUCACACUUUUAGUGAGCAAAGCCGAUGAUAAGGAGGAUGCUAAAGGAAAGGCAUUAUCUGUACUGCAACAUUCAAUGAUGUCCUUUGAUAAACCAAAGAUGAAACACAUGCUGAAAGUAUACUUCAUUUUUUCUCUGCAAUUUCUGAUCAGAGAGGGCUAUCUGGAUCAAGAAUGCAUUCCCAGGGGAUUUUCUGGACUUUUGGCCCAUCUGCACUACCAUGAACCUUCAAACUUUGUUUUGGUCAGUUUUCUUGAGAAAGGAUUAUUUCAUAAACUGUGUCAGCCAAUCAAGCAGAAUGGUCCAAAAGUAUUUUCUGAAGAUGUAAUGGAAACAUUAGUAUUAGUACUAGCAAAUCUUUUUGGAAGAAGAUAUCUUCCUUCCUGUAUGAACAGAUACAAGAAAACUUUCUCUCAAUCAAAGGUUUUUUUAGAUGAUCUCCCAAAAGACUUUGCUGCUGCUGUAGAAGAAUACAAUAACAAAAUUGAGAAUGAUUUUGGUUCUUUCCUCAUUAUGAUUUCUAAGCUGGCUGACAUGCACAAAGAAUACCAGCUACCUCUGUCAGAAAUUGAUUUUUCAGGUGAAGAAUGUGAAGACUCUGAAUUAGUGUCCCAUUUGAUGCCUGGUACUGAGAAUAGAAAUGCUGUUUCACCAUUUGCUUGCCUGUCUGAAAUAUCAGACAAAGAUCUAUUUAAUAUUGAUGUGGUCGAUGAUAUUAUGUUACGCACUAUUGAUGUGCGUGCUGAAAAUGCUCCUUUUCUUUGGUUGAAGAAAUGUGACAGAGAUGGAAAGAGAUGUCAUCUGAAUGCUUAUGCAUUUGAUUUCUACAAGCAUGGCUCUAUGAUGGCGUUGUCACGAGAUAAUUGGAUAAAUAGGGGAGAUGCCUAUGUUCUUAUCAAGGAUUUUACACUUCUUAUACAGUCCAUCAGGAUUUCAUUAGGAGAAUUGUGUGAUGAUGAGCAAGAUGAUGUUGUACUGGCUUUUGGACAACUUAGUGAAGAAUACCAUGACAAACUAUAUAAAAAAAGAACAAAAAAACCAUAG